AAUUCAAAUUACAGGAGAUAAUUGUCGCUGUAUGAGGUACUCCCGCGGGAGCACGCUAAAGAACGUCCGUCCAUGGUCUACCCCCGUCUCAUGAACCCUAAUCUCGAGAAAGGCUGCUUUACAUUGAGAUCCACAGUUCUCAGAGAGUAAGAGAGAGCUUCACAUCGUUUAGAGAGAGAGAGAGCUUCACAUCGUUUAGAGAGAGAGAGAAGGAGCUUCACUUCGCUUAGACAGAGAGAGGGUGAGAAAGAGCAUAAACCCCUCUCCAGUGACAGAGCUUCUCACUCUUCACCCCUCUCCCGUGACAGAGCUGCGCACUCUUGCAGAGAGAGAGAGAGGCAAAAAUGGCGUCCGUUUUACCAGAAACGGUGCCAAAGCUUUUCACAGCAGAGACCCUGAAAUCAGCAGCGAAGCAGUCUCAGAAAAUCGUCCUUGUCCCUCACCGACUUCGCAGAGCCAUAAAAAAAUUCAUUCAAGAACAGGAGAAGGAGAACAUGAAGAGGAAGGUCCUCCGUUUAUCUCAGUCUUUCAAUGAGAUUAAGGGAGCUAAUCUUUUGAUGGGUGACUCUGUCUCUAGAGAAUUAGUCAAUAAUCCACUGGGUUCAAUGGAGACUUCAAAGAGAUGGAAAAUCAAGAGCUCCUAUGGUGAUAUUGGUCUCAAAUACAUGGAUGAUGAAACGGUGGCUUAUGUGGCUGCUCGAAUGCCUGCUGUGUAUUCUGCCUGUUACAGAGUCCUUAAAGAGGUGCGCCGCCGAUUGCCAGAUUUUUCUCCUUCUAGGGUAUUGGAUUUUGGCUCUGGCCCAGGUUCGGCUCUAUGGGCUCUGCGAGAAAAUUGGCCUCAUUCUUUGGAAAGAGUUAAUUUGGUGGAGCCAUCCCCUGCGAUGUUGCGUGCCAGCGGAAGCCUUUUACAAGAUGUGAAAGGCUUGCCUCGGAUUCAGGGAUAUGAUAGCAUUCAAACAUUGCGACAAGGAGUUCGAAAGUCUGACCAAGAGCAUGACCUUGUUAUUGCUUCGUAUGUGCUUGGAGAGAUACCAUCAGUGAAAGACCGUAUCACAGUUGCACGCCAGCUUUGGGAUCUCACCCGUGAUGUUUUGGUUCUAAUUGAGCCAGGAACACCCCAGGGUUCAAGCAUCAUUCGGCAGAUGAGAUCUCAUAUUCUAUGGAUGGCAAAGAGGAAACUCCGGAAGGUUGAGAAUAUGCCAAAUGCAGCUUCAAAGGACCUGAUGAUACGCUCAAAAUAUGGUGCAUUUGUGGUUGCUCCUUGUGCUCAUGAUGGACCUUGUCCACUGGAAAACUCUGAGAAAUAUUGUCAUUUUGUUCAAAGGCUGGAGAGGACAUCAUCUCAACGUGCAUACAAGAGAUCAAGAGACCAACCACUGCGUGGUUUUGAAGAUGAGAAGUUCUGUUAUGUGGCUUUAAGACGAGGGGAACGCCCAGGGGCAGCUUGGCCACUUGAUGGGAUGAAGUUUGAAACUUUGAAGGAGCGGCAUGCCAAAAGGAAUCCCGAGGACCUUGAGAUUGAUUAUGAGGAUCAGUUCAAAUUUGACACUGAAGCUGAGGAUGUCCCAUACGAAGAGUACCUAAGCAGUGAUGCCUCUGUGACUGAAACCGACACACCUUUGGAAGAGGAAGAGGAAGUGGAGCAAGAUGACCAACCAGCUGACCUUGGGAGUGGAUGGGGACGCAUAAUUUUCACACCAUUGAGAAGGGGGAAGCAAAUAACCAUGGAUGUGUGCAGGUCUACUGCACUCGAUGGCUCUCAAGGUGCCUUUCAAAGGGUGGUUGUCACUCAGAGUAAAAAUCCGACCUUGCACCACCAAGCUCGUAGGUCUCUAUGGGGUGAUCUCUGGCCCUUCUAGAAAUUUACCAGGACUGGCAAAAUUGUGGUCUUGAAGACCUUGAUGGACCUUGUGCAUCCAAUCGCUGAAAUUACCUGCCAUCUUGUACAGAUUCGUUUCUGGAUCUUUUGUGCUGCACAUGUUCAUCUGCCUUUUGGGACGUGCCAGUUUAUCUUACAUUGCUGGUAUAGUGAGGUACUUAAUCUGCAUCGUCCAUUCACAUUUUUUAAAUUUCAUCUAUGUAUCCUUGCCCAAAGAAAGAUAUUGUAUCAACUCACUUGAGAAAAAGAAAAAAAGCGUACUCAAGACGUCUGCAUUUGCAACUGAGAAAUUUUGGUUGAUGAAUCAUGAUUAACUCCUGAAUUUAUUUAUUUAUUUUUUUGAAAUUUA